CGCAUGUCACUGGUUAGAUGUCAUUAGUUCCGCUCGAUGCAACGUGUGAGACAAGUUGCCAAACUAGCGGUUUCUUUGAAUAACUGCUGCAUACUUCAAAGAUCCUUAAAAUUACCCCUACAGCAGACACGUAUCUCUCCUUUCUGUGGCAUAUUUUAUUCUAAGUCAGCCUUUGCAACGAUGUCUUACAGUGUAACUGAGCGAGGAUGUCCGAAUUCUUUGGAGUACCGAAUGUUUUUCAAUGGACCAAAUGGCAAUAUUAUCUCUCCUUUCCAUGACAUUCCAUUAUAUGCUGAUGCAGACAAAAAAAUUCUCAACAUGGUGGUGGAAAUUCCUAGGUGGUCUAAUGCUAAAAUGGAGAUAAAUAAAGAAGAAAAAUUAAAUCCAAUAAGACAAGAUGUGAAGAAAGGGGCACUACGCUAUGUAAAGAAUGUUUUCCCACAUCAUGGUUAUAUCUGGAAUUACGGAGCUUUCCCACAGACAUGGGAAGAUCCAGACCAUACAACAGAGGAAACUGGAACAAAGGGAGACAAAGAUCCAUUAGAUGUCUGUGAAAUAGGAUAUAAGGUACACCCAAGAGGGGCUGUGAUACAAGUGAAGGUUCUAGGUACCAUGUGUUUAGUUGAUGAAGGUGAAACAGAUUGGAAAAUAAUAGCUAUAGAUGUCACAGAUCCAUUAGCCAAAGAUUUAAAUGAUGUUGAUGAUGUAGAAAAAUUUAUGCCAGGAUUUUUAAAGGCUACAAACGAAUGGUUUGCAAUUUAUAAGAUGCCAGAUGGUAAACCCAAGAAUAAUUUUGGAUUUAAUGGAGAAUGUAAAAAUAGGGCAUUUUCAGAAAAAGUGAUAAAGGAAUGUAAUGAACAAUGGCAGCGAUUAAUAGGAAAACAAGUAGAAUGUGAUGAUUUAGCCUGUGAAAACACAACAGUAGCAGGCAGUCCAUUUAAAAUAGAACAAAGUGAUGCUGAAGCAAUUGUUAAAAAGAGUGCAGAGCCAGGAUCAGCAAAAGAUAUAUCAGAUACAGUUGACAAAUGGUACUACGUAAAAUUGUGAGAGACAUUCUACAUAGUUCUUAAAGCCAGCUCAUCUUUAUCUCUACUUAUUUUAAUUUGUCAAACUAGUAACAUAUCUGUGGAUUUAGUUGUGAACAUUUUAUCUAUAUAUAAUUUGUCAUUUUGAUUUAUAUUUAGCAAUUACUUUUUGGAAAUUUUACAAUUUUCAGCCACAUGACAACUUAUUUAGCAUUAGAUCAUUAAUGUCUGUUAUUAUUUGUCUAGAUAGAUUGUUAAUUUUGUGAGGGUUAUGUGUAUAUGUGCAGUAUUAUGUGUAAUCAAAAAACAUUCCUUACAAAAUUUUUCAAAUUGAAACUUAUUGAAUUGAUCAUGUGUGUACUUUAAAUAGGAAUGUUUUGUACUAAGAAAUCCUUUAUUGUAUGUAAUCUGAAAAGGACCCACCAAAUUUGCAGCAUAAUUUUACCGAUGUUUAUGGAAAGUGUAAUUUGUAAUAUCAAUACAAUGUCAUUACUAUGCAGGGAUCAUGUGAUAAGUAGAGGAAGAAAGUAUUUAUUUAUUUAUCCUACCACAUAGCCAACUAUUGUUUGUUAAUAAAUCUCAGUUUUGUUCUUAAUUUGAAGUUUAGUGAUAGAUUAAUUUUUUAGAAGAAAUUUAAAAUGUAGUCUUACGAUUUAAACAUUUACCUAUAAUCUAUUGGCCAAAAAGUAUAUUGCAUUGGAUUUUUGAUGCAGGAACUAAAUCAAUUUCUUUAUAAUCAAACUUUAUUAUCUUUUAACCUUUUAAAUUGAUAAUUUAUUGUACACCUUUCAUUACUGCAAACCUGAAUAUUUUGAUUAAGCAUUACUUUUAUUAUUUGGUUACAAGCUUAUUUUUAAUUAUAUUUUUUUUGUUGCUUAAAGUGUUGAAAUCUGAUUUAUUAUCUUUUUUUCAAUGAAAAUAUUGAUAUGGUAAAAUAUUAACUAUUUAAUCAAACAUGUAAUAAAAGGCUUUAUCUCGGAUUUGAAAAAUUGUCUCCAUUUAAAGAUUAGAUUUUAAAAUCAUAUACUAAAGAUGUUAGAUAUUUAGUACAAGAAUACCAGUAUGCUAGUAAAAACGCAAUACAGCUUGACCAUUGAAGUCGCAUAAAAACAAGUUUAAAUGAAAAUGUAUUUAUCUAUUCUAUUGUAUGGUAGAUGUGGAAAAUGAACUGAUUAUAUAUUUAGAUUUGACAUUAUAAUAUAAAUAUAAAACCUGCAUACAGUAAUAUAUUUUGUGUGAAGUGCCUUUGUAAUGUUUGUCUUUUCAGCUUACAGUGAAGUGUCACAAUAAAAUGUUUGAUGGUUAAAUGAUAUAAUAUUUAUUAUUAAAUUGAUUUUGUCUGUUUUGAUUAAUUUUUUAUGCUCAAUAUAUGGAAAAUUAAAGAUCUUUGAAGUUUGGUAAA